GAAGCAAAGAGCUUUUUCCUGUGCUGGGGCAUGAAUCAGGUUACGAUUCAAUUGGAUGUGGUAGUAGCUCUGUACCUGCUCUUUAGCUGGUGCAAUGGAGGAAUUACAAAUAUAAACUGCUCUGGCAACAUCUGGGUGGAACCUGCCACCAUUGUCAAGAUGGGUAUGAAUAUCUCUGUAUAUUGCCAGGCAGCCAUUAAGAACUGCCAACCAAGGAAAUUUCACUUUUAUAAAAAUAGCAUCAAAGAAAGAUUACACAUCACAAGGAUUAACAGAACAACAGCUCGACUUUGGUAUGAAAACUUCCUGGAACCACGUGCCUCUAUGUAUUGCACUGCAGAAUGCCCUGGGUAUUUUCAAGAGACACUGAUUUGUGGAAAAGACAUUUCUUCUGGAUACCCCCCGGAUGCUCCUGAGGAGGUGGCCUGUGUCAUUCAUGAGCAGUCGGGCAACAUGACUUGCACCUGGGGCACUGGGAAGCCCACCUACAUAGACACCACGUACGUGGUGCACGUGAAGAGUAUAGAGACAGAAGAAGAGCAACAAUAUCUCACCUCGAGCUAUAUUAACAUCUCCACUGAUUCAUUGCCAGGUGGCAAAGAGUAUUUGGUUUGGGUCCAAGCUACAAAUGUGCUUGGCAUGAAGGAGUCAAAGCGACUGCAAGUGCAUCUGGAUGACAUAGUGAUACCUUCAGCAUCCGUUAUUUCCAGGGCUGAGACUACAAAUGCUGUUGUGGACAAGACUGUUAUUUAUUGGAAUAGUGAAACAGCAAUUGAAAAGGUCUCGUGUGAAAUGAGAUAUAAAGCUACAACAAACCACACUUGGAAUGUUAAAGAAUUUGAUGCCAAUUUUACAUAUGUGCAACAGUCAGAAUUCUACUUGGAGCCAAACAUUAAUUAUAUAUUUCAAGUGAGAUGUCAAGAAAGAGGCAAAAGGUACUGGCAGCCCUGGAGUUCCCCCUUUUUCCAUCACACACCUGACACAGUUCCCCAGGUUACCCCAAAAUUAUUCCAACGAGACGUGUGGAAUUCUGGGAUGCUAACUGCUUCCAUCUAUAAAGGACACCAUACUUUUGGCAACAGACAAAACAUUGGACUUUUAUCAGGAAUGAUCGCCUUUGCGGCCAUGCUGUCAAUUUUUUCUCUGAUUGGGAUAUUUAACAGAUCGCUCCGAACUGGAAUUAAAAGAAAAAUCUUAUUGCUAAUACCGAAGUGGCUCCAUGAAGAUAUUCCUAAUAUGGAAAAUAGCAAUGUUGUGAAAAUGCUACAGGAAGAAAGUGAAUUUAUGAAUAAUAAUCCCAGGGAACCAGUCCUUUAUGUUGAUCCCAUGAUUACAGAGAUAAGAGAAAUCUUUCUUGCAGAACGAAAACCCACAGAUUACAAGAAGGAAAAGAAGAUAGGAGCCCUGGACUUCCUGCAAACGUCACCAUUCACCAACACUAACGUUGUGUAUAUUCCUGAUCUCAACACAGGGUACAAACCUCAGAUUUCAAAUUUUGCCCCUCAGGGAAACCAUUUCAGUAACCAUGAUGAAGUAGAUUUCUCAAUCCCUGAACUGCCAGCUGACUCCUUAGACAUGGGAAAGAACGUCAGGUUAAAGGAAUGCCCUAACUUUGCCUUUCCUUUCCCAACUAUGACUUCGCUAAGCAACACACUAAUUCUUGAAGAAUUAAGCCUCAUUUUAAAUCAAGGCGAAUGCCAUCUUCCUGACACACAAAACUCGAUGGAGGGAGAAACCACCAGGUUUUUGGAAAGCGACUCACCCAGUGAAUCUACUCUAGAACAGACCAUGCUGCCUGAUGAGUUUGUCUCCUCUUUGGGGACCAUGAACGAUGACUUACCAUCUGUCAGUUCUUAUUUUCCUCAAAAUAUUCUGGAAAGCCACUUCAAUAGCAUUUCACUGUUGGAAAAGUAG